UAUGAUCAUUUAGCGUGAAAGGGUUAGCAGAAUCAAACGUAACGCCGUUAUUUUGUUUGUGUUAGUUUUUGUGUGGCGUUUAUCCGUGCUGCCCACCGGGAUGAAUAAACGUAAUUUUACUGCCGGCGGGAGGAAAAAAACGAUAGUUCGCGAUAAGGUGGAUAUGUCACUAGAUGACAUUAUUCGGUUGAAUAAAAAAGAGCAACAUACAAACAGGAAACGGCCCAAUCAACAAGCAGUCGGGCGAAGGAAUCGUUUAUCUCAAGGAAAGAUGAAAGCUUGGUCGAGAAACACUGAUGGCAUCGUGUUUGGAGGAGGAGCGGCUAAAUUAAGAACGCGGGUCAUGCCGGGUGUGCGACGAGGACAGGGGCUAGUCACCGGUCUGGCAGCCAGGAAGAACGCCAGCCUCCUCAGGCGACCCGCUCAGAGAACAAAGCAGAAGGCCCAACCUUUCCUUCAACGCACUAUGCACGUUGAAGGAAAGAUUGGAGCUUCGGCUUUGUACAGAAAUGCUGACGUCCCCAAGAAGGACCCCAGUGGAAUGCCAGUCAACAGACCAUUUCAAUUGCAACGACGAUAUCUCCUUCCAGUGCAUCAGACGGACACACGCCAGGCCACAUUUCUUUAUCACAGAGGACUCAAGGUGCAAGCUCUGGUGCAGAAGACACAUCCCCACACUCUUCCCAUCAGAACUCAUCUGUGGCGUGCGUCAACGAAUAGGUCUGGAAUCUUGACUGUAUCAAUAGACAACCCCACGGCCAUGACUCAGCCUGAGCCUCCUUCUGCUUGGACUCUGCAUCCCACGACUGCUCACUUGCCCAUAAGUAACGUGGAAACGGCGGAGAAGAAAAUACCAAAAGGAGUUCCACUACAAUUUGACAUCAACAGUGUUGGGAAACCGCAUACGUCGAUUACCUUGAAUGAGAGGUUCCGUAUCCUAAAAGAUCAACGUGUGCAAAAAAGUAAAGGCAGCAGAUUUGUCGUGGUGGACUAGACUUCAGGAAGAACUACAGACUGUAAAAACAAGAGUGGACACUUUUUCCACAGUAGGGGGUUGUGGGUGUCAACUGAGGCCAAAACACAACAGUGUGGACACCCACUGACUUUUUCUAUUGUUAUAUACUCUGCUUUUGUUGUAUCUGCACUUUUAUUGUUGCUGCUGUAAGAACCACAAGAUUUUUUUUGGGCCAUUUUUAUUCAAUUAAAGGAAAUUCCUCCUCA